CCUACCGCGCCCCCUGCCCCUCACUGCCGCCGUCCUGGGGCCGCCGCCGGGACGGGUGUCCUGUUCUGCUCCGUUCAGUGCUGCGCGUUUCUGUCGCAGGCAGCGUCCUUAAGCGAAACCGAAAGGUCCCGCCGCGGCGAUGGCGGAGGCAAGCGGCGAGGAGGGUCAGUCGUCCCCGUCGUGGCGCCGGGAUGAGCUGCGGCAGCUGCGGCGGCAGCGGCGGCUACGGCGGCUACGGCGACGCUUCCACUCCGACCCGGUGAUGCUGAGGCUGCCGCGCAGGGACGAAUCCACCGCCGCCACUCGCACGUCCGAGGUGCAGGUGGGGCCGAUACUGGAGACAGAGGAGCUGCUCGGGCUGGCAGGGACGAGCAGACGACGCAAAGCGCGGACGGAUAUAUUUUCACGCCUCUCUUUCUGGAAAAGAGUUGCAGGAAUUCUCAUCUCUGUUGCUGUGAUUUUACUCUUAACAUGGAUUACUCUAAAUCCACUUAUAUUAACACAUGUGGAGCCAUGCCCUGAUGACUGGCUAUACUACAAGAAGAAGUGUUACUACCAUUCAGAAGCCAUGGAAGAUUGGAAUUCUGGUCAGGUGUCUUGCUCUGCCUAUGGAGCUUCUCUUGCCGUGAUUGAGAACCACCAAGAGCUGAGCUUUAUAAUGCAUCGAAUACGCAUGGUAGACUUCUGGAUUGGGCUGCGCAGGAAAGGAGACAAAUUCUUCUGGGUGAAUGGAGAAGCGUUUGACAACAACUUAUUUCAUGUCAAUGUAACAAAUGACGGAGACUGUGUCCAUAUAGAUUCAAACUUCAUUUCUACCAGAAGCUGCUCCUCACUCAGGAACUGGCUUUGCACCAUUGGUCAGUCUAAUCCCAACACAAACUCUUAAUAGGGAACAGCUGGCUGUGCAAAUACAGAGACUUUCUCCAUGGGAAGUUGAAAUUCAGGGUUCUGAAGGUCUUUGCUGUAGAAGGUGAACAAGAGCUAGAGGUGCUCUGAUGAAGAUCGUAUCCAAAAUGAACACUCCAGGAGAAGCAAUACAGGGAGUAAUAGUUAUUCCAAGUGAAAGAUGGAGUUGGUUCAGAAGUGGCAGUACUAGAGGAAAUGGAAAGCUGUGGCAAACAACAAAAGUUGUUUCUUACUGAUAGUUUCAUUGUUGAAACUGCUAAAGGACAAGAUAAUGGAUACUUUCACUGAGAACUCUUCAGAAUUGCAUUCAAUUGUAUUUUUUUAUGGCAGCUAAAAACAUUGUGUGAUGGACAUGAAGUUCUUACUGAAAAUGCAAUUCAUUGUAAAGCCAA